AUGAAAUCAUUAUCUGCUUCCAAAUACAAUAAUCAUUCCAAUAAUACCUUUAAUACACCUGAUAAAAAACAAACUAAAGUAUGCUCUCUAAUUAUAUAAGAGUAGAUAAAACACACAAUCUACUAUGAAGUUAAGUGGUGA